GCAGCAGCUAAAAAUAGGCAUGAAGGGCACACACCUCGAUCAGAACCAGAGAGAAGAAUGCUGUCCUGCCUUGGUCUGAGGGCGCCAUGAGGUCGCUGCGUUUCAUUUCUGCUGAAGCCCUGGUGUCCUACCCCCUGCUGGCCCAGGGGAGCCUGGACAGUGUGGCCCAUAACCUCUACCCACUUCUGUUCAAGGCCAGCUACCUGCUGGAGCAGGCAGAAGUGACCCGUGCUGUGCUGGGAUGCUGGCCACUGGAGGAGUUCCGGCUGGCUGCAUUGUUGGGUCCGAGCACUGACCACCCAGAGGACCUGCGUGACCGAGCCUGCAGGACCUGCCUGGAGGCCUGCGUGCGGGGCCUUGCCGACCACGUGCUGCAGGGUGGGAGCCGCUGGCUGCGGGUGGCAGACCUCACUGGCAUUCGAGAUGUGCAGGUGCAGCGGUGCCCCUGCAGGAGGGCACUGGGAAGGUGGGGACGCACCGAGCUGCUGGCCAGGACCUGCUGUGAGCUUCAGGCAGAGCCCUGCAUGGGCAGGCGCUCCACUGAGGUCUUUGCUGACCUUUUUGUCACUGAAGGUAACUUUGAGGUGGUGGUGCAGGCCCUGCAGCCAUCAGGCCCAGCCCCUCUGCAGGUGCGAUGUCUGUCCUUCAGGGCGGACAGCCUAAGCCCUGGGCAGCUCCUGCAUGUGCUGGGCCUGGCCAAGCCAGGUGAACUGCGCAAGCUGGAGGUGGUUCACAACGUGCGGCUGAAUGCUGGGCACGUGCAGCAGCUGCUGGCCCAGGUGGGCUUCCCUCAGCUGGUCUCACUCACCCUGCCCACCAGGGCCUUCGACAUACCCCCCACCUCCACGCCGCUUCCCGAGGGUGAGGACUCUCUCCUUUCCUCCAUCGCCUGGGAGCUCAGCCAGAUGAGCCGGCUCACAGAGCUAAGUGUGGCCUUCUCCACGCUGACCGGGAAGAUCCAGACGCUGCUCAGCCCCCUCAGAACCCCACUGCGAGCACUGGACCUGGCUAACUGUGCCCUGAACCACGCCGACAUGGCUUUCUUGGCAGACUGUGCACACGCUGCCCACCUGGAAGUGCUGGACCUCAGUGGACACAACCUGGUGCACCUGUACCCCUCAACCUUCUUCAGACUGCUCCGCCGGGCCUCCCAGACACUGAGGGCGCUGACCCUGGAGGAAUGCAGCAUCGCAGACAGCCACGUGGGCAUGCUGAUCCUGGGCCUGAGCCCCUGCCGCCAGCUACAGGAGUUCCGGUUCCUAGGGAACCCGCUAUCGGCUCGCGCCCUCCAGCGCCUCUUCACCGCGCUCUGCGAGCUGCCUGAGCUGCGGCGUAUUGAGUUCCCAGUGCCCAAGGACUGCUACCCCGAAGGCACUGCCUACCCCCAGGACGAGCUGGCCGUGUCCAAAUUCGACCAGCAGAAGUACAAUGCGAUUGCUGAGGAGCUGCAUGCGGUGCUGCUGCGGGCCAACCGUGAGGACAUCGAGGCCUCCACGCCUGUCUUCGGAAGUUUCGACCCAGACAUCCAGGAAACAAGCAAUGAGCUCGGCACCUUCUUGCUGCAAGCUUUCAAAACUGCUUUAGAAAACUUUUCCAGAGCACUGAAACAAGUGGAGUAGGCGCUCCACCAGGGCAAGGGCAGUCUUGCAUUUCAGCCUGCAGGGUGCCCAGGGCCAGUCCUAUUGCCAGAGGCUUGGGCUGCACAUUCAUCACCAGCAUCACCACCAAAAGCAGUUCUUAGUGAAAAUGGUAAACAAGCCUGCUAGGUGCCUUAGGAGAGGAAGCCCUGCCUUCAAGAUGUGUCAUGGGUGCUCCUGGGUCAGGCAGCAGACCCUAUAGCAGGCACAUGUGGUAGUGAGUGGAGGUGCAAUGGGUGCCAGGGCAGGCUGCCAUAGGAGCAGGGUCGACUGGACUCUGAGGCAGCAAGAAGAAGGAAACGAGGACUUGUCACAGAACAUGUGUAAAGAAAGAAGCAGCCCAUAAAACAGCUGAGGAAGAGACUGAAAAGCAAAGAUAAACCAAAUCUGCGUGCCCGGCAGGAGGCUCACACGGCAUGCUAGAUGUGUCUGUGGGGCUAGCAUGUUGACAAGCCAGGCUUGUUUGCUCAAAACAGGGCCAGGAGCACCCAGCGGCUUCCGGCUGAUACAGUAACUCUGUCCUUGCUUUGCUUUGUAUCUGAGUGAGUGCUGGCCUCAGCAGUAGGUCAGGACACAGAGUGUGGCAUUUAUGGAUGUCCUCUGGUUUCUCCGGCCCUAACUUUCCCUGAACAGCCAGGCCCCACGCCCAUGGCCCUGGGCUCCUUGCCCCUAAGGGGCUGAUUGUCACCAGAGGUGGAGUUGGUUUCCACUAAGCUUGGCUCUGUACCAAAGGUUGAGAAUUAGAAUGAUAAGUGCUAAUAAAAUAAGUGUGGUUACCGA